AUGUUGUAUUAUAGCGGCGUGACUCGCCGAGUUGGAGACGUCGAUGCAGGAAACACUGUGACUGACUUCCUCGACCUGGAGCGGGAACGAGGUAUCACAAUUCAGUCAGCAGCCAUCACUUUCAACUGGCCCCUUCACGAGGAAUGCGCCCCAGGCACAACCCCCAAAACGAUCAAUCUUAUCGACACACCAGGUCACCAAGACUUCAGAUUUGAGGUCGACAGGUGUCUGCCCGUUCUUGACGGAGCUGUGUGUAUUAUCGACUCAGUGAAAGGCGUAGAAGCUCAUACGGAGAGAGUAUGGGCUUCAGCACAUGACCACAAGAUCCCUCGCAUUGUCUUCGUCAACAAGCUCGACCGAGACGGUGCUUCAUUUCGAAAAUCUGUGUUGGAAAUCGGGUCACGUUUGAACGGGUGGCCACUUGUAUGCCAAAUUCCGUGGUGGGAAGGCGACCAGUUUGUCGGUGUCAUCGACGUCAUGGACCGAGUUGGAUAUCGGUGGAAGGCAGAGAAGCAGAAGACGAAGUACGAGUUCGCGGAACUACAAGAGGUGCUCAAGGGCAACUAUCUUCUCGAUGAGAUUGAGACAGCUCGCGAGCGGCUCAUUGAAGGCCUCGCUGAAUGGGAUGAGUCCAUUAUGGACCUGUUCGCAGACGAUCCAAGCAAAAUCACAGGCAAGAUGUUGAAAGACAGCGUUCGAAGCGCCAUCCGCAGCGGCGACGGAAACGUCAUUCCCGUUCUAGCAGGUGCCAGCUUCCGGCACAUUGGUGUCGAGCCCCUGAUGGACGCCAUCGUCGACUACCUUCCCAGUCCUGACGAACGCCCUGACCUUGAGAUCCGUGCCGGGCCGGCAAAGCACAACCUCACUACGCUACUCGAUCAGAACUCGAGUAAGAAGCCAGGUCAGCAGCGUGUGGCAGCAGUCGCCUCCGUUUUCAAGGUCUAUAAUCACCCCAAAGAGGGGAUCCUGAGCUUCGUCCGGGUCUACUUUGGCGAACUUCACAAGAACUCGUCAACCUGGAAUACGCAUAACCAGCUCGCAGAGCGUCCGUUCGGCUUGUUGCAAAUAUCCGCGGAAAAAACCGAAGAUGUACAACACCUCGCCACGGGUCAGAUUGGCGCCAUCAAGGGUCUGAAGAAGGCUCGGACGGGCGACACGCUGCUCGCCACUGUUGCUCAGAAGCAGAUCCCGGAUGCCCUCAAGCAUAUCCAAAUCAGACCACCGGAAAUUCCCCCGCCUGUAGCUUUCCUCGCGAUUGACCCCCACGGGCCUGCAGCUUCCAAGGAGCUAGAGAUCGCGCUCGACAAUGCUUCACGAGAAGAUCCCAGCUUGAGAUGGAGCCGUGACGAGAAGACGGAGCAGUUCAUUCUGCAGGGUAUGGGCAAACUCCACCUUGAUAUCGCCGUCUAUAACCUCAAGCAGAACCCCAAGGUGCAAGCCGACUUCGGCCCUAUCGAGGUCGAUUAUAAAGAGUGUAUCACAUCCUCAAUCGGACCGCAUCAUGUCACCUUUGACAGGGUCGUCGCAAGUAAGUCGGGCAAAGUAUCAUGCACAGCGACUCUGGAACCUCUGGAAGAUCACUACCGCCAAGCCGCACUUGAGCCAACUAUCGAACGCGAUGGGAACAUGAUUCAUGUAAUCAUCGAUCUUCCCGAAGAAGGCAAUAUCGCCUUCGAUCCCGAGGAAGCCCGACAGCAACUCAUCAACGGCGCCGUCGCAGCUGUGGCCCGCGGCCCGCGUCGUGGCUCCCCCGUUCAAGGCUGCCACAUCACCAUCACUGUCGACGCCGCAGCUGCCGAGAGCCCAUCCGGUGGACACUUCGCCGGCGCAGCAUCUCGAGCCGUGCGCGAGGCACUCCGCGAGGCCCACAUCACAAGAGGUGCGGUGGGCGUCCUCGAGCCCGUCAUGCUUCUACACAUUAGCUGUCCCGAGGCAGCCGCGGGCUUGGUGCAGCACGACAUCAGCUCGGGAGCCGGCGGGCACGUGCUGGAAGUCAAUGACAAGUCUGCCGAGUCGAGUUCGCACAUCGACGUCAGCAGUAUCUACGCGCCACCAGAUCCAUACGAGAUUGUGGCUUCGCUGAGGGGGAAGAAGUCGUUGGCGAGGACGGUGGAGAUCGUAGCCAAGGUGCCGUUCAAGGAGGUCUUGAACUUUGACGAGCAGCUGAGAGGCAAGACUGGCGGAAGACACUCGAUGACGAUGGCCUUUGAUAGUUUUGAUCGUGUCGUUGGCCAACGAGAGAAGGCUUUGUAA